AUGGUCACAAGGCCACACCUCCGCCUCGAUGCGGAGCAAUUUGACAUGUUGGAAAACCAUUUUAAUCUGGUCGAUGGUAACGGAGAUGGACGUAUCACCAAGGAUGAAUUCCGCCUAUUAUUCAGAUCAUUGGGUCAAACUGCCACUAAUAGGCGUUUGGAGGGUAUAGUCGAAGAAGCGUUCAAGGAAGCAGCGCCAGAGGGCCUGGAUUGCGAGGAGUUUAUGAAUACAUUCAUGCAGACAUUCACGUGCCCGCCGAGCGAGCGGGCAGUCCGGGAAGCACUCAUGCUCUUCGACAAGGCUAACAGGGGCUACAUCGAUACGCAAGAAUUUGUAAGACUGCUCACUACACGGGGAGAGAAACUCGAACAGAGGGAGAUCGACUACCUCUUCGAGUUACUCAACAUACCACCAAACACAAAAGAAAUAGACUACACAAGAUUCGCAGAAGAAGUAUAUCGCAUGCUCCCAAUAUUAUCGCGCGAAAAUAUCUGA